UGUCUAACAAAUCCUGCACCAUGAUUUGAUUAGGAAAUAACAUUGCCUUCAUAUUUAAAUAAGCUCCUUUGUGCACCUGACAUCUUCCCCAGGUAAUUGAUACAAAUACAAACAACACUUAGUCUGAAAGGUUUGUGUGUGCGUGUGUGUUGGUGCCUGUCUGUUUUUUUAACCCCUAUGCUCUCCGAUUACCUGCAUGUACCAAGUUGUCUGGGCGGGUCUUUGUGGCUGGAGAAGGUAAAACCAGCUAAAACAAAAAAGCUGAUACACUCAUCGGCUGCACUUAUUGGCUUGCAUGUCACUGGAGAACAAAAAGGCUAUUGUGAGAUCCCCUUUACCUGAGAGUUUCUACAUUGCAUUCAAAUCAGAAGGUACUUUGGUUUUGCACACUUCUUCUGCAGGUUUCAGUAUUCUUGUGAAGCUUGCUGUCGUUAUUGACUUUGAAACAGGUCCCAGUUGUCCCCUCGAAUGGACUUUUAGGUGGGACGAUUUACAACUUGUUUUGCAGACCAGUUCCUCGUCAUCCUUUGUGGCACCUUCCACCAUCCUUGUUCCGAUCAUGGCGAUGGGCUUCUCCCCAGAGCAGGUGGCCUGUGUUUGUGAGGUUCUUCUCCAGAGUGGAAGCAUGGAUCGCUUGUCCUCGUUCUUAUGCUCUUUCCCUUCCAUUUCCUCGUCGUCCAGUGUGUAUCUGGGUAUGGCUCAGAGUCAAGAGAGCGUGCUGAAAGCGCGGGCUGCGGUCGCCUUCCACCACUGUCGUUUUGCUGAGCUCUACGCCUUGUUAGAGGGGAACGCGUUCUCCCCGCGCAGUCACCCUCUCCUCCAGCAGCUCUGGCUCCGGGCUCACUACAUGGAGGCUGAAUUGCAGAGGGGCCGCCCUCUUGGGGCCGUGGGGAAGUACCGCAUCCGCCGCAAGUUCCCUCUUCCUCGUACCAUCUGGGAUGGAGAAGAGACCAGCUACUGCUUCAAGGAAAAGUCUCGCAGUGUAUUGAGAGAGUGGUACUGCAGAAAGCCGUACCCCUCGCCACGAGAGAAACGAGAUUUGGCUGCAGCCACUGGACUCACUGCUACACAAGUCAGCAACUGGUUCAAGAACCGACGACAGCGGGACAGAGCUGCGACCAGCCGUCAGGGAACCUCAGCAGGAGCGUUCCUGAGCUCUGAUGAGGAGCUCUCACCGCCAGCGAGUCCCAGCACACUCUUCUCCUGCUCCCAGCAGCUGUCUGCCCACCCGCCCCCUCUCCGCCACCUGGGACCAGCACACUACUGA